GUAACAGCCGUGUGUUACCCGAGUUCUAUAAUGCGUAAGCGAAUUACGUCGGAAUAUGUAGGCCUACAAAAAAUGCAAAAUGGCGCACGCAAGCACUGAUAUCUCUGUCCGCAACACUUUACCAUGCUGCCUAACUCGGCCUUCAGGUCGCCAACCUCGGGUGCAAUUGCACGGACGCCAUCAAACAACUCUUAACACUACUUGUCGUCCAUGUACUACUCUUCAAGCAUCGCGGAAGGUCAAUGGAGCGCAGCCAUCGAUACCAUCGCUCGGAGCGUUGUCCUUACAAGUACCGGCGAUUAACAUAUGCUUCAGCCCCCGCAUUGCGAGUCAAAGCCCCAGGCUCCAAAUUGUCUCGAGGGCUUCAAUUGUAGCCCUACGGUACGGCCGUGGCGGCCCAGGUGCUAACCGUCCACAGCCCUGGCAGCUGGUGUCAGGCGUGUGUGCGGUGGCGCUGCUGCUGUGCAACUUCCACCGCUCCGUGUUCACGGCGCUGCUGCCAUUGCUGACGGAGGGGCUGGGGCUCGCACCGGCAGAGGUG